AAAAAUUUCUUUCCAAAGAUCUCGUAAACCUUAAAAACAUCAAGAAAUCUUGUUCUUCUUUCUCUCUUGAAAGAAAGAUGAUGAGCCGUGGUGCAACAAGGGUUGCCCGGUCGGUGAUCGGCCACAUGGGGCCGCGUUAUUUUUCCGGUGCAGCCAUGGGUCCGCACGACACCAGCUUGGGGAAACUUUUUGCAUGUGGAGCCACGGGUUUCUUGCAUGGCAAUCCAGCUAAGCCGUCGGAGAACGUGAUGGUGGCGUGGUUUGGGUAUGGAGGAAUUGGUUCACGCCAGGCGAGCACGUUGGCUUUGGGUGAUAAGAAGGUGGAGGAUGAGGAGGAGGUGAAGGCGGUGAAAAGUGGUGCAGCUGGUGGUGCCACGGCCGCGGCGGGUGACGGUGGAAAUGGGAAUAAGGAGGUUGUGAGUUAUUGGGGUGUUGAGCCGCCUAAAGUUACCAAAGAAGAUGGUUCUGAGUGGAGCUGGAAUUGCUUUAGGCCCUGGGAGACCUACAAGGCAGACCUGACAAUAGAUCUGGAGAAAAAACAUGUGCCAGUGACAUUCUUGGACAAGUUUGCACUUUGGACCGUCAAGACCCUUAGGUGGCCCACCGAUUUAUUCUUUCAGAGGAGGUAUGGAUGUCGAGCAAUGAUGUUGGAAACUGUGGCAGCAGUCCCCGGCAUGGUUGGAGGGAUGCUGCUUCACUGCAAGUCAUUGAGGCGAUUUGAACAUAGUGGAGGCUGGAUCAAGGCUUUACUUGAAGAAGCCGAGAAUGAAAGGAUGCACCUCAUGACCUUCAUGGAGGUUUCAAAACCAAGAUGGUACGAACGUGCACUCGUUUUCACGGUCCAGGGAGUUUUCUUCAACGCAUACUUUUUAACAUACAUUCUCUCACCCAAAUUGGCUCAUCGCAUCGUGGGGUACUUGGAAGAGGAAGCAAUUCAUUCCUAUACUGAAUUCCUCAAGGAAUUGGAUAAGGGCACCAUUGAAAAUGUUCCUGCUCCUGCUAUUGCUAUUGAUUACUGGCGCAUGCCUCCUGAUUCGACUUUGCGCGAUGUUGUUAUGGUUGUCAGGGCUGAUGAGGCUCAUCACCGCGAUGUUAACCACUUUGCAUCGGACAUUCAUUAUCAAGGACAUGAACUGAAGAAGGCUCCAGCACCACUUGGUUAUCACUGAAGGAAGAGCAGGGUGAUGCCCUGCUUACAAUUUCAAAAUGUUUGGAAAACUACAGAGGCUCAGUAUGUUUCCAAACAAUUAACAUCAAUUUCUGCUGCUUCCGCCGAUAAUUGUAUCUGGUAAGAGAACUGGAAGGAAGCUUGCUUGCAAUAUAUGUCACUUUUCAAGGCACAGAAGAUUUGCAAAAUUGGCAGACUUUUUCCACAAGGAAGAUUCUUGAAUGUGAGGUUGUUUGACCAAUUUGUGCACAAAUUUAGGAAGAAAACUUGAUCCGUUAUAUGGAAUUUCAAUAGGAUUAUCAUAAAAAAAAAUGUUGCAAAGAACUUUUCAAGCUUCCUGAUAAGUUCUGAGGGGAGACAAAGUUGACGACUGGACAGAAUAGUUCUGUCUAACAUCUAUCAGAUGUCUCGUUUCUA